AUGUGUAUGUUUGCAGUGGACCUGACGAACGGCCAACUCACACCGAAUAACAACACACCGCUGCUCGCGCAGGCUCUCUCAGUAAUGAACAACUAUCAGGCGGCAGCAGCAGGCUUUGGGCCUCCAGCGUCACCUCACACGGCCGGAGGACGGGCAGGAUUUCCAACUGCUAGUUCGCCAGGACCAGCGCUAGACGUCUACGGAUCUGCAGCAGACAGCGUCGGAUACGUACAAGCAGCGAGUCCCCAGCCCUCUGGAUUCCCAGCCAUCGCUGUGAGCCGUGCACCCCUUAAUUACACCCCGGGACCGCUGAUUCCUGCGGCCUUCACCAACGGAUACCAUUGA